CACCUAUGUUACGUCGGCAGUGGCAAGACAUAUCGCGGAACAUUAUCCACGACGGAGUCUCAGUCCAAAUGUCAAAACUGGGCUCAGGCCAGUUAUCGUUUCCCUCAGUAUCGAUCAGUGUUCUUUCCAGAACUGAUGGGUCAUAACUUUUGCCGAAAUCCUGGCGGUCGUAAACCAAAACCUUGGUGCUUCACAGAGCGCGGUGCAGAAGAAUACUGCGAAAUCUCGAAGUGCCCUCCCGGCAUGUAUCCGGACCUGUUGACUGUGGAAACUGGAGGGACCGGCAGCGGCGGCAGUGGUAGCAGUGACGAUUCUAGUCACUUUGGACUGUCCAACGUUCCGGUUAGCUACUUCCGGUACGCUUUGAUCGGUACUGGUAUCAUUGCCGUGAUCCUUCUGGCACUGUUGCUCAGUUUGAUCAUAUAUUGCUGUCGAUCUCGCAAGGCAAAAGCGGCGUCAUCGAAGCGGUCAGCAAAAUGCGAAGCGAUUCAUCUUUCCAAACAGGAUAAUGGUCAGCAACAGACGAUUUACGGAUAUUCUUGUGACCACGAGAUGCUGAUGGAUGUUUUGUAG